GUCGGACCCUCCACCAGCCGGCAGAGAUGGCUUGAGAGGCGGAUAGCAGGACGGUUUCUCUCCGCUUCAAGUUUCUCUCUCGGUUAAUAAUAGGAGUAAUGCGCUAUAUGCUCACUUAAAAUGGGUAACGUGUUUAUAUGGCCAGCUCCGAGUUACUCAGCUGCUGUUUUUUGUGCGUAAAAUCUUCCGAGAGGUGAUCAUGGCAAAUGUUAAAGUUGCUGUCCGAGUCCGUCCUCUCAACGAAAGGGAGAGUGCGGACAGAGGGAGGAUAGCGGUUCAGGUGGAGGAUAAGUUUAUGAGGAUCCAAAAUGUCAAGCUCGAUGGACGUACGGACAGCAUUGUGGAUUCCAGGGAGAAGCUCCUGGAGUUUCGUUUUGACUACUGCUACUGGUCGGUGGACCCUGUAGACCCUCACUAUGCUUCGCAGGAGGAGGUGUUCCAGGACUUGGGUGUGUCGGUGCUGGCUGGAGCGUCUGAGGGCUACAACGUGUGCCUGUUUGCUUACGGCCAAACGGGAUCUGGAAAGACAUACACGAUGAUGGGGACACCGGAUUCCAUCGGCUUGACCCCCCGGAUCUGUCAGGGUCUCUUUAGGUCUGAAGACACUUUUCCUGAUGGUCAGAACUCGAGCAGAGUAGAGAUCAGCUUUCUGGAGAUCUAUAACGAGCGUGUCAGAGACCUGCUGAAAGGAGGAGAGCAGAAGAAGAGAGCUUCCCUGAGAGUCAGAGAGCACCCUGAGAAGGGGCCCUAUGUACAAGAUCUUUCACAGCAUGUGGUCUCAGAUGGCAAGCAGGCCAUGGACCUUUUGGAGGAAGGCAUUGCAAACCGCAUCACUGCAGCAACUCAUAAUCACGAUGCCAGCAGCAGAUCCCAUGCCAUCUUUACUAUCCAGUACACACAGGCAAUACUAGAAAAUAACCGUCCUUCAGAAACUGUUAGCAAGAUUAACCUUGUGGACUUGGCAGGGAGUGAGAGAGCAGACUACAACUACUGCAGGGAUAGACUAACAGAGGGCUCCAACAUCAACAAGUCGCUGGUCACUUUGGGCAUCGUCAUUUCUGCUCUUGCCCAGAACUCCCAGAUGUCCAGCAGCUGCCAGAGUAUCAACAGCAUGGCUUCUGAGGGCGACAGCAGCACGGUUGGUAGUCACAGCAGCUCCCUGUCUGGAGGAGGAGGAGGAGGAGGUGGUGGUGGCAGGAAGCACUGCUUCAUCCCCUACAGAGACUCAGUGCUGACCUGGCUGCUGAAAGACAGUUUAGGUGGCAACUCCAAGACCAUUAUGAUUGCAACGGUCUCGCCCUCCGUUAACAGCUACAACGAGACCCUGAGCACCCUUCGCUAUGCUGCCCAUGCCAGAAAUAUUGUCAACAAGCCUCGGGUUAAUGAGGACGCUAGCGUUCGGCUGAUCAGAGAGCUGAGAGAGGAGAUCGACAGGCUGAAGAGCAUGCUGCUCAGCUUUGAAAUGCAGCGUAAUCCCAGUCCAUCCCUCAGUGAUGAGAGGGACGGGACUCUUUCUGACAUCGUGCUGCAGAACGAACUAAAGGUUGAGCAGCUCACAAAGGACUGGUCGGAGGGCUGGAGAGACAAGAAGGAGCUGCUGGAGCAGUACAGUGUGGACAUCAACAGAGACCGAGCUGGUUUCCUCAUCAACUCCCUCCAACCACACCUGGUGGCCCUUGAAGGAGAUGUUCUCAGCACCGGGGUCGUCUUCUAUCACCUCAGGGAAGGAGUUACCCACAUCGGACCUCAAGAUCAGUUUGAAGAACCACAAAUAGUUCUGCAGGGCAGUGCCAGCUGUGAGAUUGAAAACCAUGGAGGUGUCGUAACGCUCAGACCGCUGCCAGGCUGUGUCUGCCUGCUCAACGAAAGGGAGGUUACUGAGCCCUGCAGACUGGCUCAAGGGACUGUGAUCACCUUAGGAGGAGUGCAUAAGUUUCGCUUCAACCACCCAGCAGAGGCAGCUGUCCUCCGUGAGCGCAGGCGGGCCAGUGAAGGUGGCAUGUCCUGCACGUACAUCGACCUUUGCCCCCUGACCCCUGACCACAGUGACGAGCAAGUCAAUCUCCAAGAGCAGCCGGGAGCCAGUCUCUCCCCCGGUGAGGAGCCUACUGCUAGACAGCGUGUGGAGGAGCAGCAGCGCUACGUGGACAGUUUGCGGCAGGAGAUUCACUCUGGGCAGAGACAGGCUGAGAGAGAACUGGAGAGGGAGCAGGCCCACCUCCGACAGCAGCAGAGUGAGAUCCAGCAGUGGAUUUUGCAGGAGAAACUGCGUCUGUCAGCUGGAGAUCAAAGAGUCACCCAGGAGCUUGGAGUUCAAACAGACCUGGUCCCUGCACCUCUUCUGGAGCGGCUGACAAAUCAGGCGUCUGAGGAUCAGGAAGGUCUAACAGUAAAUCGUCCGUCCCAAGUGGUAAGGGCCAGGAAGAAGGCGGUACAGGAGGAGUUGCUAAAGCAUCACGCCCUCUGCCGUGCUGAGAGCCGCAUCCGUCGGAAAAGACUUCAUUACCAGCUGGAGAGAAUCGCUCGCAAGCGGGAUCUUUUGGAAGCUAAGAGAGAAUUGCAGCGGCUGGAAAAGUCCUUGCCUCCAGGACCAGACAGCCCUGAGUCUCCUGAGCUAAGGUCUCCCGAGAAGCUCAGAGGACGACCGUUUUUUUCUCGUAGACAUUCAUUCUCAGCAGAUCUUCUGUCCCGGCUCUACCCACAGCACACCCCUAUCUUCAGACACUUCCUGAAGAAAAACAGAUCCCCAGAACUGAUUUCCAAUUCGUCCGUAACGUCUGAUUCCAUUGGCAGCAGGAAGUGGGUUUCGGAUGAGUGCCUUCCUCGGGAAAGAACCCAGAGUUGUUCUGGCACUCUGUUCUCAGGACAAAGUAAAGCCUGUCGGAGUAGAGUCGGCUCCUCUGAAAACAUCAGACAAACCGCCAAGGAGGAGCCCCAAGCUCAGACCUGCAGGGAACGUCCAGAAAGAAAACCUCUGCUGCCGAACCGAGAACUAUCUUUUAAGAAUCGCCGGUCAGCAAAGAAAAUGUACAAGGAACCACAACAGACAAACUGA